AUGGCAUCGUCAUAUUGGAAAAGUUCACAAUUUGACCAAUGGUUAUUCGAUCGUCAAGAAUUGUUAUCUGUUCGUUUACGUGACAUUGCAUCGUGGCCAACAAAUCCAAAUUCUUCUUCAAUCACAGAAGAUGAUUAUUUGAAAAUCUUAAUUUUCUAUUCAAAUAUCAUUCAAAACAUUGGAGAACAAUAUAAAGUUCGUCAACAGGUCAUUGCAACAGGAAUUGUUUAUUUAAAACGAUUCUAUGCUCGAUAUCCAUUGAAGAGUAUUGAUCCUUGGCUUCUUUGUCCAACUUGUUUAUUUCUUGCAGCAAAAGUCGAAGAAUUUUCAACAUUAAGUCAUCCAAGAGUUUGUAAUGCCGCUGCAACGACUUACAAAAAAUAUGCUCAUCUACUUGGUGGUCCAAAUGAAUAUCCUUAUCAAAUCAAACAUAUUCUCGAAUGUGAAUUCUAUUUACUUGAAAUAAUGGAUUGUUGUUUAAUUGUUUAUCAUCCAUAUCGUUCCUUAGACAUGUACACACGAGAAUUUCAAGUCGAUCAACAAUUAUUCGAAGCUGCAUGGCGUAUCAUCAAUGAUUCAUUAAAAACCGAUGCACCAUUAUUAUAUCCUCCAUAUGAAAUCGCUUUAGNUGAAUAUCCUUAUCAAAUCAAACAUAUUCUCGAAUGUGAAUUCUAUUUACUUGAAAUAAUGGAUUGUUGUUUAAUUGUUUAUCAUCCCUAUCGUUCCUUGGACAUGUACACACGAGAAUUUCAAGUCGAUCAACAAUUAUUCGAAGCUGCAUGGCGUAUCAUCAAUGAUUCAUUAAAAACCGAUGCACCAUUAUUAUAUCCUCCAUAUGAAAUCGCUUUAGCUUGUUUGUUACUUGCCGCGACAUAUCGCGAUAAAAUGCCUCUGUUAAAACAAUAUAUGAUCGAUGCUCAAAUCGAUGUGGAAAGAGUUUAUGAAGUUGUUAAACAUUUACUUAAAUAUUAUGAGUUAAUGACAAGUUACGACGCUGAUGUUCCGAAUGAAGGAAAACAAAUCAAAGAGAUUUUAUCCAAAAUUCCCAAACCAAAGGUUCUCUCCAAUGAUUCAGCACAAUCAAAUGAUCAAACAGCAACGUCAACACAGCAAAACUCAGCGAAUACGAAUAAUAAUAACAAUAAUAAUCAAUAA